CAUUUUGGUUUCUUAGUUAAAUAAACAAAUUAACAUUUAUACACCGAAAAUUAAAGAAAUUUCGAAGCAGAACUUACAAGCAUGGAUUUAUCUUCGGCCGCAAAAGCGGUGGUUGUGGUUGUUGUUUAACAGUCAACAGAACGAAGAUAAAUCUCAGUCUUAAACCCGUGUUAUUAUUAACAAGUAGUUUUGUCUUUUUUUGCUUCAAUUCAUGACACUGAUCAAUCAACCAACCACGGCCUUAUAUCUGUUCUUGCUACACUACAAGCUUGAACAGCCACAUCGUGCUCACUGAUGAGCAAUAAACCACUCAACAUAGCUCGAGUCUGCAAGUGGGUUUUCUUGGGAAUCUUCAAAUUCACUUCCUUUCUUUCUUCGGUUUUCUUUGAUUGAUCAAAUUAUGGCCUCUUCGAUGAUCAACGGAGCAGAAAACCUCACUCUUGCGAGAGGCAUAACCCAAAAAGGAUUAGGUUUUUCGGGAUCAGAUUUUCAUGGGAAGUACUUUCCGAGAGUCAAUUUAGUGUCUAGCGCUAGAAUUUUUAAGGCAACAAGAAUAGUGACACCCAAAUGCAGUUUGUCAGCCUCCAGGCCAGCCUCUCAACCCAGGUUUAUCCAACACAAGAAAGAAGCUUUUUGGUUCUACAGAUUCCUUUCAAUUGUCUAUGACCAUGUGAUAAACCCUGGGCACUGGACUGAAGACAUGAGGGAUGAUGCGUUAGAGCCUGCUGAUCUUAAUAACAGGAAUAUGUUAGUUGUAGAUGUCGGUGGUGGCACUGGUUUUACUACUCUGGGUAUUGUUAAGCAUGUAGAUGCUAAAAAUGUUACUAUUCUUGAUCAGUCCCCGCAUCAGCUUGCAAAGGCUAAGCAAAAGGAGCCCUUGAAAGAUUGUAAGAUUAUUGAGGGUGAUGCAGAGGAUCUGCCAUUUCCUACUGAUUAUGCUGACAGAUAUGUGUCUGCUGGGAGUAUUGAGUACUGGCCUGACCCACAACGUGGCAUCAAGGAAGCAUAUAGGGUCUUGAAACUAGGAGGAAAAGCCUGCUUAAUUGGCCCGGUGUACCCAACAUUUUGGUUGUCUCGCUUCUUUGCUGAUGUUUGGAUGCUCUUCCCAAAGGAGGAGGAGUACAUUGAAUGGUUUCAAAAGGCCGGGUUUAAGGAUGUUCAGCUGAAGAGGAUUGGCCCAAAAUGGUAUCGUGGUGUUCGCCGACAUGGACUGAUCAUGGGAUGUUCAGUAACAGGAGUUAAACCUGCAUCUGGAGAUUCUCCUUUACAGCUUGGUCCAAAAGAAGAGGAUGUAUCAAAGCCGGUGCACCCAUUUGUGUUCCUUCUGCGAUUUGUUUUGGGUGCCUUGGCUGCAACGUACUAUGUGUUGGUCCCAAUUUACAUGUGGCUCAAAGAUCAAAUCGUACCUAAAGGUAGACCAAUCUGAGAGGAUUUUAGAGUUGCUUGAUUUGUGGGCAAUCCUUUUUGUAUUUGAUUUAGACAGUUUCCGCCCACAUUUAAAAUCUGGACAUGCCUUUAAGUGCAACCUUUGCUUUGUCUAACAAAAAGAAGUGGAUUUUAAAGUUCUUAUGAAUAUUUGCUUUGUGGAAUUCACAUUUCUAUAUUCAAAGCUCAGUUGUUGAUGACUGUUUGCAACCAAGGUUUGCUACUCUGGAUAGAAUAAGAGUUUCAUGUUCUUGGUUUGGGUGCA